CGAACACUAACUGCACGUCUAAUACACUAUCCAUAUAUUGAGAGCAAACUGUGAUCAACACAUUGUUAACACAUUUCUUCGUUAAACUUGUUUUGAGAAUUAGUUUAUUUUAUAAAUAUCACAGUUUUGUGAAAUAUCGAUAUAUUUUGGAGAUUAGCUCCAAAUGGGAACAGUUGUGCAGUGAAUAGACACCAGAAUAUAGUAGAUAUAGUGUACAGUAUAUGACAGGGUUUAUAUUCAUAUGAAUUUCAUAUCGAUUCACACAACAAGUUACUGUUAGUCCAUAUAUUGUACAGUACUAUAGUUUAGUGCACUGUAUUUGAUAAGUAUUUUACCAAAACUUGAUAUUAUUUCACACAAAAGUGUUUGAAGAGUGGUUUGAUUGAGUGGACAAUGAAUUCGUUCAAAGAGGGCUGGUUUACGGAGACUGGAGUCUUGAACUCAGAGACCACCAACUUAUCCAUUAGAGUGGACCAAAUGAUUCACUCGCAGAAGUCUAAGUACCAGAAUAUACUGGUCUUUCAGAGCAAACUGUUUGGUCGGUGUCUUGUGUUGGACGACGCGAUUCAGUGCACAGAAAAGGAUGAGUUCUCCUAUCAGGAGAUGAUUUCAUUCCUUCCGCUCAAUUCACACGAAAGGCCCGCAAAAGUGCUUAUUAUAGGCGGAGGCGAUGGAGGGGUUGUGCGCGAAGUGGUUAAACACCCGGCCGUCGAAGAGGUGAUAAUGUGUGAGAUCGAUGAGGCAGUGGUGGACGUGUCGAAGCGAUUCCUGCCAUUCAUGUCCGGCGCCUUCGACAGCCCUAAACUCAAACUGCUGUUCGAAGACGGAUAUGAAUUCGUGAAGAACCAUAAAAACGAAUUCGAUGUCAUUAUCACCGAUAGCUCUGAUCCCAAGGGACCGGCAGAGUGUCUAUUCCAAGAGCCUUACUAUAGAGCGCUAUACGAAUCGCUCAGAUCUGGAGGAAUCAUCUGCUGUCAGGCCGAGUCCUAUUGGUUUGAUUUGGCGUUCAUUAAACAGUUGUACUCUAAAUGUAAAGGCAUUUUCAAGUCCGUGGCCUACGGUUCCACUUUGGUUCCGUCCUAUCCUUCCGGACAAAUAGGUUUUCUCGUCUGUUCUAAAGACAAAGUCGUCGACUUCUCCGAUCCGAUCCACAAAUUCUCACCAAAAGAGUACAAUUCAAUGAAUCUGAGGUACUAUACCAGCGAUAUACAUACCGGUGCCUUCAGACUGCCACCAUUUGUCCAAAAUGAAUUGGAUUCGGUUUAGUAAACCUUCAAUGGAGACCCCAUUGCCUUAGUUUGUCUCGAAAUGUAACAAAAUUGAACAAAUAGUUUAAAAUGCGGACCAAAUAAUGGAAAUUAUUUUUGUUACUAUUUUUCAAUCAGACGAUUGUUUUAUUUUAAGACAUUUAAUCGCAUUAUAUAUUUGAGUAAUUAUCGAUUUGAUUAAAACCUAAUUAAUAGACUAAAAUCUAAA